AUGGAUCCCACAGCCCUAUCUCAUAUCAUCAGAGGAAUAGGCUUGUGGCUUGCAUAUCUCAGGAGCUGCAUUACCUGUGUGAUGUCAAGUAAAAGAUUAUAUGCCUGGCAAGAAUCAGACGCUCCUGCUUCAAACGGAUCUGUGUGCACUGGAGAUGUGCAGUGCAGUGUGCAGAAGCUUGAUAGUCGCAGGUCAACUUGGGCAGUAAUGAUCGUUGACCAUUACUAUAAUAAUAUCUCAAUGUUUUUUUCACACCGAGGGAGGAGCCAGCAACAUGCAAAUGCCGUCUCCUAUGUACGUUUAAACGUUCUUGUGACAAAUUAUUAG